AACAUAAUUAAUUACUUCUUUGCAUUGGUUCUGAGCCAAAGGAGAUAUGAAUUGUAGUGAAUAGUGAUACCGAACAUCAGACAAGCAGAACGUUCUGAUUAGUUGCUAGUGAAGUGAAGGAACAGUGCAUUUGAGUGAAAAUGCUGCUUUUAAAAAUUUUACCAGUGUUUGUUUUAGUAGUAGGAAGAACGCGGGCGCAGGAUGAUUCGUUGGCUGGAAGUUUCUUGUCAGGAUUACUCGAUUCCAUCACAAGUACAGAGGACGCAAAAGGAUGCCCUGGAGUGUGCGUACACACACUGGCAACGCUCAUAUGCUACGAAGUCCUGGAGGACAUCCCAUGUCCUUCACCUAGCAUGAGAUGUUGUGUAGAAAGCCAGGCGGCUGCAGCAAACAUAUCCACCACAACAGCUCGACCUAGGCCUACAACCACAACGAGAGCACCAACCACGACAACACCAAAGCCCACAACCGAGGCAAAGAUCAAGGAAAAGGAAAAGGACAACAAAAGCAAUUCAACGUGUCCUGGUGUUUGCGUAGCUGACCGGAUAGCAGAGUAUUGUGAGGCAUAUCUCACAACUUCGGGACUUUGCAAAAGUGGAACAAAGUGUUGUGUUUCGAGAGACAUCUACCCGGAUAAAACUCCAGCAGAUCUUUACGUACCAACGGCACACUACGAAAGCAAGGUCAACAAAACCACGACACCAAAGCCACACACAAGAACCACGGAAAAGCCAACAACUCCAGAAGAACCCAUCAGGUCGAAAACGAAUCCACCACCGAAGCCAACAAAACCAACACCCCCGAAGCAUAAACAGGGUCAAGUCUCGAAUCAACAAGGUGCCGUUCACAAAUCAUGCGAAGGAGAAUGUGUGAAUGGGUUGUUUGCACUGUUCUGCGACGACGUCGAUAGUGAGGCAUUCUGUCCGAAUGAAGGUUCUUGCUGCGUCACUGGAACGUCUGAAGAUACCAAACAAGAGGUGGUCACCACGACCCGGAGACCGGCUACUCCCCCUCCAUUGCCGCGUUGUCCCGGAUUCUGUAUGCUAAACAUCAUGGCUGCGUUCUGUGAACGUCCUUCGGUGUUGAUUCAGCACACUUCAAACUGCAAGCGAGGUUCGGUUUGCUGUGACAAUACUAAGGUUCCUGUAACUAGACCACCGCCAAGACGGCCUCCACCACCACCUCCAACUACGACACAUGCUCCGACCACUACUGCUGCUCCAGACCCACGUGAGGAAUGUCCAGGAUCGUGCAUCGUUGGAUUGCUGAGCUUCACCUGUUUCCGAAAUGCUGAAAUGACCGAUCUAUUCAAGUGUAAGAAAUCUGGAACGCAGUGCUGCGCUCCCAAGAGUAGAAUUCAGGAAGCCCAAAUGGCAGCUGGUAAAAUUAAGCUACCAAACGAAACGGCCAACUACCCACCUCCUCCAAACAUGGUCGCCCAGCCUUACCCACCACAAGCUCCACCGAUGCCACCACCACAACAGCAGCAACCACAAGGCGGAUAUGGGCCACCAGUGCCAAACACUUAUCCAGGACCUGUGAGUAACAACAUCUACGAGGUGCAACCAACACAACAGCCAAUUCAUCAGCACUCGCAGCCUAUCUACGAACCACUUCCGACCACAACGACGGCCAGGCCUCAAGUGUACUCCAAGUACGUCUGCGGAGUGAAGGGAACCAGCCGUGGUGCUCGAUCCUUCCUCAGCCGGAUUGCACUGGAACAUGCAGUUGCACCCAGCAGAAGUCGAACAGGACGUCACAUCGAAAUGGAGAAUAUCUACAAGUCGAAGAGUACGGAACGGCUAGUUCUGGGUCACAGCAUUGUACCUAUUCCGAUCAUAUACCACGAUCACAAUGACACGAUUCCGGAAGAUAUACUUAAUCACCCGAGUAUAUCUAGGACAAACACGACCACGACCAAGUACUGGAACAGUCAUCGCCAAGCACGCGUUGUAGGCGGAGAAGAUGGCGAAAACGGCGAAUGGUGUUGGCAGGUCGCUCUGAUCAACUCGCUGAAUCAGUACCUCUGUGGAGCCGCUCUCAUUGGCACGCAGUGGGUCCUGACCGCUGCGCAUUGCGUGACAAACAUUGUGCGAUCUGGUGACGCAAUCUAUGUGCGAGUUGGUGACUACGACUUGACACGUAAAUACGGAAGCCCCGGAGCGCAAACGCUGCGGGUGGCGACGACUUACAUUCAUCACAACCACAACAGCCAAACGUUGGACAACGAUAUUGCCCUGUUGAAACUUCACGGUCAAGCUGAGCUUCGAGAUGGCGUUUGUUUGGUUUGCCUGCCGGCACGAGGUGUCAACCAUGCCGCCGGAAAACGGUGCACCGUCACCGGAUACGGAUACAUGGGUGAAGCCGGUCCAAUUCCGCUGCGAGUGCGUGAAGCCGAGAUUCCCAUCGUGAGUGAUGCCGAGUGCAUCCGAAAGGUGAACGCCGUAACGGAAAAGAUCUUCAUCCUGCCCGCCUCCAGCUUUUGUGCCGGUGGUGAAGAGGGUAAUGAUGCCUGCCAGGGUGACGGCGGAGGUCCAUUGGUUUGCCAGGACGACGGCUUCUACGAGCUGGCAGGACUUGUGUCGUGGGGAUUCGGAUGCGGCCGAGUGGACGUGCCAGGAGUUUAUGUUAAGGUGUCUUCGUUCAUUGGUUGGAUAAAUCAAAUUAUCAGUGUCAACAAUCUUUGAUCAACUGAAUUCAAAACCUUCACGUUUCCUUCAUUAACUGUAAAAUAAUUUAGUUCAAGAUUUACCUAGGAUUUAAGAAACCAUAGUUUUUAAGUUAAUUUAUUGUUGCGUAUUAAGAAGACUUGAACAUUUUUAGCAUAUUCUAAGAUUUCACCAACAUUCUACAUCCUAUUAGGUACUCUAUCCUAAUUUGCACUACAAAGAUAUUAAAAACAAAUCAAAGUCUGCAAAUAAUUAUUUACAAAGCGAUCUUCUAUGAAACAUAUUCAAAUUUUAUUAAAAUUUGAUAACUUCACUACCUAAGAACUAGAUAAUAUGCAACUGUUAUGAACACCGUAUGUCAAACAACAUAUCAUCCUCUAACUGUAAAUUGAAAAUCAAAUUUGUGAAUCAUCUAGUUCAAUAAACUUGUUAGGAAUAUUGCGAUAA